AUGAAAUUGACAAGAAACCUCUACGGCUCUAUACCAUUGACCAUAAGCAAACAGCGUGUGUAUUCGCUAAUUCAGAUCAAUCAAGACUUCGAAUUCCGAGCAACCGCAACAUUAAUUCCAAACAGAAAUACCGAAAGCCAAGAAAUGUCAUUGUGCAUGUCGAUAUUAUAUGGUGCUCCAUUGAUAUCAACAAGUCCAAGUCUCAUUACAUCAUCUUCUAUAGUUAAUUCAACUUCUCAUGCAGCAAUCUCAAAAAGCAGCAAUAUUACUCCACCUCCCGGAGUUCCUCUUCCUUCAGGAUCACCUUCGGGUUCUAUGAUUGGUUGGGUUCUGUGUAUCGUGUUGACAUUUGUUGUACCCUUUAUCACGCGUAAAUGGGGGCCGUUGAUUGCACUAAAAAAUAGAGUGGACACAGCGGUAGACAUGGCGGAGCAUAUAGCGGAAGUUAUGGAAGAUGUGGCUGGAAAAGUUGAUAAGGUGAUCGAUACCAUUACUGAUGAUCUUCCUGAAGAUAGCAAACUUAGAAAAAAGUUGGAAGCCAUUGAUGAGCUGAUCGAAGGAGUAGCAAUGAGUGCUCAUAUCGCCAAUGAUAUCAUCGACAAGGUGGAAGAAGCUGAAGGUAAACUCGAGUCCUUGAUUCUUUCCCAAGCAAACGAGGAAAAGGUUUCCAUACAAGUUGUGAAAAAGGAGGAAGUUUCUACGCAUAAAGAUUGAAUAGUUAUUAAUAUUCGAGAAAAAGAUAAAGAUAGUCAACGUAUUAAAGUUUGACCUUGAUUAGGAUAAGCACUUAAAAUCAAUUUGUUCAUUUAUUUGUAAUAUAUAUUCUUACCGUUAGCAUAGUAUUUGCUUUGAACUAGUCCAUUCUAAUAUUUCAUCAAAUACGGAUUGUAUCCUUUUGAAAUAGUACUAUAGUCAUGAUGACACCUAAAAUAUAUAUGAAAUCGAAACUUACGUAACCACGUACAAACCAUGUGUCUCGACUUAUUUACACUAAAGUUUAUGAAAAUGUUACGAGUAAAGCAAGAAUACAAUUAAGAAAUAAUAGAUGACACGUAAAACAUAUUUUACCCAUUAAAUUUUAAGAAAAUGUUACGAGUAUAGCAACAAUACAAUUUAUAGAACACGUAAAACAUUUUACCAUUAUUGGUUGUGUUUUUAUGUAUUGCUGUUAUAUUCUGUUUCCCAACUUGAUGUUUAAGUAUAUUUUGCUUUGUUGUAGAGGUUUAUUUACUCCAUUUGUAUAUUUUGUAUAUUUUAUGUUAAUAUAUUCAACUACUUAAGCAAAUGUUUUGAAUCUUUGUAUAGUACAUUAUUUAUCUGUAACUACCAAGUGGAUUGGGUGCUACUUUUGUACAUGGGAAAGUUAUUGGAUUUAAAUA